AUGGAUGAGGAGGAGGAAGAAGGUGAGAGCUUUUCUGCUUUGAUGGUAGCUGGCAUUAGCAGUGGCUGUGAGGUAGAAAUGACUUCAAUUGACAUUGAGAGUGUAAUGAAAUUUGCACAUAAAGACCCUGUGCCUUAUAAGGUGAACAUGUUCCCUAGGACAGUGCAUGAAAAAACACAUACUGGAGAGAAACCCUCUGAAUAUAACCAAGGUGGUAAAGCCAUUUCAGGUGACAGUCAGUUCCAAAGACAUAAAAGAACACAUGCUGGAGAGAAGACCUAUGAAUGUAAUACAUGUGGUAAAGCCUUUUCCUUUCACAGUAGUCUCCGAAUACAUAAAAGAACACAUACUGGAGAGAAACCCUAUGACUGUAACCAGUGUAGUAAAGCCUUUUCACAUCAUGGUAAUCUCCAAACACAUAAAAGAACACAUACUGGAGAGAAACCCUAUGAAUGUCACCAGUGUGGCAAAGUCUUUUCUCGUCACAGCAUUCUGAAAAUUCAUAAAAGAACACAUACUGGAGAGAGACCCUAUAAAUGUAACCACUGUGGUAAAGACUUCUUAUAUCACAGUAGUCUACAAACACAUAAAAGAACACAUACUGGAGAGAAACCUUAUGCAUGUAACCAGUGUGGUAAAGUGUUUUCACAAAACUGUCAUCUCCAAAACCAUAAAAGAAAACAUACU